AUGAACUCGUCAGCAUUCAUCGUCACAUUAGUGGGAACCAUUUUUUCUUUUUUUGUUAUUCUAUUGAACAUUUUCCUAUUAUACAGCACAAGAAAAAAGAAACACGAAAUAGUCCUAUUUUACUUUCGUUUUUAUAUUGAUGUGGUUUUUGGGCUUUCCUACUUUCUGUACUCAUUUUUUAUCCUGGGUUUUGCGGUUUAUGAGUCCUCAUUUUUCAUAAGCAACUCUUAUCUUUUUUGGCUUGGUUUACCGUUUUCUAACGCAAGUGCAGCAAGAAACUUCCUUGUUUUGAUAAUCGUAUUGGAUAGAUGUUUGGCCACCUAUCUCCCCAUCAAAUAUCACAAGAUACGGCCAAACUUCCCUAACUCCAUCCUCUUCAUUCUACCAAUUUUAUUCAGUGGCAUUGAAGACUUUGUGAUAAUUUACAUUUGCGGAAGAACUUCUGAACUUAUCAAAGGCACAUGCGUGGCGUUGCCAUGUACACUUAACACUUGUGCUUACUCUUGGUGGACUUCUUAUAAGGAAGUUAUUUUCCCAAUCAUCAUUUUCUUCACCAUAAUUCUAUGCGUGAAGCUUUUUUUGUUCUCGAAAAAGCUGAAGGAUUCUACAGCAGCAACGAGGGCGAAUCGACUUGCACUCAUCGACGCUUUUCUCAUCUUCACUUUUGAUUUUGUACCAUCUUUUCUGGCAAAUCAAUUCCCCAACUCUCCACUAAUCGCAUAUUCUACUACUGGUCCAGUUUCUGCUAUGCUGAAGCAAACUGGGAGAGCAAUCGAGUCAAUGAUAGUUGUGGAAAUACUGGUCAGGAGAAACUCGAAGGUUGAGGAGAGCCGGAAGAAAUCUAGCCAACCACCAGUUGCGAUUCUAUCGAGACAUUGA